CAAAAAAGAAUCAGAGAAUCAGUAGGAUAAUGAAAGGCUAAUCCAUUUUAGCCAUAGAUUGUGUUCCUUCCAAGUUAUAAAUAGCCUUAGCUUCUCUUGGACAUCAUCUCUUUGAUCAGCUGGCUCUUUUAUUCUCCACAGCAAUGAUCACUGCUCCUACUGUACUUAGUGCAGUCUCUCUUAUACUACUGUUCAAUUGUGUGGUUUGCGCAGAGGAUGAUCCAACUCAAGGCUUCGUACAACUUCCCUUUAACUCAUCGUUUUACUAUAUCCAGAAGCCUUACGAUUUAGACGUGAGCAAACGAUACAGCUUUGUAAAUGGAACCCACAAACUGUGGGUUUACUCCACUGACAAGCCUUUGGCCAGAAGUAGCCCCACCAGGCCUCGAACAGAAGUCAUAAUUAACGGAUAUAAUUACACUUCUGGGGUUUGGCAGUUCGAAGGAACUGCAUACGUGCCAACUGGUACGUCUGGUGUGUGUAUCAUGCAAGUGUUUGGAGCCGAUCCAAAUGCCACUAUUACCACCACCUUAAUGCUUAGAGUCUACUCUGGAAAUUUAACCUACUAUACUGAUCCAGUGAUUGUUCCACAAAUCUACGACAGAUGGUUCAGAGUUAAUGUGAUCCAUGACAUGGAUGCAUCGUAUGUUAGUGCUUAUAUUGAUGGGGUUCUGUCAUAUGAGGGAUCUGGGCGUGGAGGAGCUUUCCAUUUCUUCAAGUUUGGAGUCUAUGCACAGAAAAAUGAUUCUGAUUAUAUGGAGUCUCGCUGGAAAGAUAUCAAGAUUUUUAAGAAAAUUGUCAAGGAUUCUCACAAGAAGCAUCACCGCCACCGAAAUAAGAUUUCGGGAUUCCAUUAGAAAUUUAAGGUUUCAAAUGCAUGGGUUCCGUAAGACUAUUAUGUAGCUUAAACGAUCGAUGCAAAAUUUUCUUUCUUUGUUUUUUUUUUGGUAUGUAAGCAAACUUUAUCAAUAAAAAGGUGAACAGAGGGAGUUAAGCCCAA